AUGAUUGCAUUUCCAGCUAGUUCAUUAUCAACAUCAACAACAUUAACAUCAUCAGCAUCUAGUGAACAAUUAUCGUUUUGGCCAUGGAUUGGUUUAUCAAUACAAUUAAAUAUACCAAUAUUUUUAUUACCAAAUAAUAUUAUAAAUAAUCAUUGUUAUAUUUGUCAUAGAUGUGGUCAUUCAUAUUCACAACCAAAUCCAUUAAAAAUUCAUUUAAUAAGAUUACAUACAUGUUCAUAUUGUGGUAAAGUUUAUACAAGAAAAUAUGGUCUAAAAAUUCAUAUACGUACACAUACUGGUAUUAAACCAUUAAGCUGUCGUUAUUGUGGUCGUUCAUUUUCUGAUCCAUCUAAUUUAAAUAAACAUAUGCGUUUACAUACACAACAACAACAACAACAACAACAACAAUUGGGA